AUGAAGUUCCUCGCGCCCGCUGUGGCGCUCAUUGCGGCAGUCAAUGCUGCUUUUGAUGAGCCCCUCGGCCCUACCAUCACUGCCAAGGGCCCGGUAGCCAACUCCACCUACGACUAUGUCGUCGUCGGCUCUGGUCCUGGAGGUGCUCCUCUUGCUGCUCGCUUGGCCUUGGCCGGCUUCAGCGUUCUGCUGAUGGAUGCUGGAGAGGAUAGAGGAGAGGAUGCCGCCGUUCAAGUGCCCGCUUUGCACGUUUUGGCAUCUCAGCAUGAGCCCAUCCAGUGGGAUUUCUUCGUCAACCACUACGAAGAUCCUGUCCAGGCUCAAAAGGACACCAAGUUCUCCUGGAGAAAGACCGAUGGCGAGAUCUACGUCGGCACUCACCCGCCUGCUGGCUCCGAGCCUCUCGGUAUCCUGUACCCUCGUGUCGGCUCCCUUGGUGGCUGCGCCCAGCACAAUGCCCUUGUGACCAUUCUGCCGCAGGACAGUGACUGGAACAACAUUGCCACCAUCACUGGGGACGACACCUGGGAGGCGGACAAGAUGCGCGAGUACUACAAGAAGCUCGAGAAGUGCCACUACCUGCCUGGUGGCCUCGACUCCUCUGUUCACGGUUACGAUGGAUGGCUCGAGACCCAGACAACCCCUGCAAUUCUCAUUGUCGAGGACCCCAAGGUUCUGUCUCUUGUCCUUGCCGCUGCCACCACCAUGGGCAAGAACAUCUUGGGCAAGAUCAUUACUACUGUUACCGGUCUUCUUGAGAUUCUGGUCGUCGAUGUCAACAACGAUGCCCCCAGCCGUGACAAGAACGACGAUAUCUACCAGAUUCCCCUCGCCAUGAAGGACCCUUCCUUCACCCGCUCGUCCCCUCGCGACUUCAUCUACGACGUUUACACCGCGAAGAACGCAGACGGCUCCAAGAAGUACAAGCUGGACCUGGCCCUGAACACCCUGGUCACCAAGAUCAACUUCGAUGAGUCUGGCGACAAGCCCAAGGCCACCGGCGUCGAGUACCUCUACGGAAAGAGCCUGUACCGCGCUGAUCCCCGCGCUACCAAGGAGGACGGCGGUGUCCCUGGCCGCGUCUUCGCCAGCAAGGAGGUCAUUGUUUCUGCCGGUGUCUUCAACACCCCCCAGCUCCUCAAGCUCAGCGGUAUCGGCCCUGCUUCCGAGCUCAAGUCUUUUGACAUCCCUGUCGUCAAGGAUCUCCCUGGUGUCGGCGGCAACAUGCAGGACCGUUACGAGGUCGGCAUCGUUGGCAAGGCUCCCACCGACUUUGCCCUCCUCAAGGACUGCACUUUCCUGGACAUGAACGGCACCCAUAACGGCGAGGACCCCUGCUUCACCAACUGGCAGAACGGCGUUGGCGGUCUCAAGGGCGGCUACACCACCAACGGCAUUGCUUUCGGCUACUUCAAGCACUCUUCUGUUGCCGAUGCUGACCCUGACCUGUUCCUCGGCGGUGUCCCUGCUUACUUCAACGGCUACUUCCCCAACUACGCCGAGCACGCUCUCGCCGAUCUCAGCGUCUGGACCUGGCUCACUCUCAAGGCCCACAGCCGCAACAACGCCGGCACCGUCAACCUGACCAGUAUCAACCCCCGUGACACUCCCAACAUCACCUUCCGCAGCUUCUUCGAGGGCGUUGGCGGUGAGGAGGAUCUCCAGGCUGUCUACGAGGGCAUGAAGUACGGCAUUGAGGCUUUCGAGAACCUCAUCCCUCUCGACGGCUCUUUCGAGCGCAUCUGGCCUCCCAAGAACGUCUCUUCCGAGGCUGACCUCAAGAAGUUCGCCCAGGAUGAGGCUUGGGGCCAUCACGCCUCCUGCACUGCCCCCAUUGGCUCUGACGAUGACCCGCAUGCUGUUCUUGACUCCAACUUCAAGGUCCGCGGCGUUGAUGGCCUGAGAGUUGUGGACGCCUCCAUCUUCCCCAAGAUCCCUGGCCACUACAUUGUUCUCAGCAUCUACAUGGCCAGUGAGAAGGCCGCCGAUGUGAUCAUCGCCGAGGCCAACUCUGCGUAA